AUGAUUACACCAACCUGGCGGAGGAAUUUGUAUGUACGUCGUCUAGAUCGCAGAGGACGUAAACUCUGGAUCGCAAGUGCCCAUGCACCUACGAAAACCGCGGAGGACGACAGUAAGGACGUCUUCUACUAUGAAAUCAAUGCGCUGAUGCAUAAAAUGCAGGUGGUCACUGUCGAAAUCGACGCAAAUGCGAAGAUGGGACCCGAACAAGAAUCCGGUGUUAGGAAAAUGGUCGUUAGGAAAAAAAACAUCUCUCAGUUAAAUAUCCGAAAAUCCAGAGCUGUAUGGGACGUUGCUUUCGACUCUGACCACUCUGUUCUUUUCGGUUUUAAGAUACGGUUCCGCAAGAGAAACCGAGGAGUUCCUUCUCAACCGAAAAUCGACAUAGCAGCUCCGAAAUACGAAAAAUGCAGAACGAAGUUCCGCCGGCGUGUAUCUAUUGAUGUUGGAGAGCAGACCUGGAAAAAGCUUUUCGAUGCGGAUUCCUUUACAAAGUGCAUCCAGGAGGCUGUAAAGAAAAAAUGCCCGUUUCAAAUGCCGCGAAAGACGUUUGCCUUGGCUUCUGUGGAAACAAAAUAA